UACAGCAUGUCGAGAAGACUAGAUCCUAAGGAUCACCUGGAUGGCCAGAGGUCAACUUCCCCCACCCCAAAGCAGGCCAGUGCUCACAGCCAUGAAGGCCGCCGUCGGGAGAUGAGGACUCACGGACAGGCUGGCCCACAGGUGGAUGGCCCUCAUCGGACACUCCAGGUGGACAGCAGGAUGCAGAGAACAGGCCGGUCUCCCUCGGUGUCGCCGGACCGAGGCAGCACCCCAACAUCACCUUAUUCAGUACCCCAAAUUGCUCCCCUCCCGAGCAGCACCCUCUGUCCUAUAUGCAAGACAACUGAUCUUACCUCUUCUCCCAGCCAGCCAAACUUCAACACCUGUACACAGUGUCACAACAAGGUCUGCAACCAGUGUGGAUUCAACCCCAACCCUCAUCUCACAGAGGUGAAAGAAUGGUUGUGUCUGAAUUGCCAGAUGCAGAGAGCUUUGGGGAUGGACAUGACCACCGCGCCUCGUUCCAAAAGCCAGCAGCAGCUGUACUCACCUUCCCUUUCUCCUGCUCACUCCCCAGCCAAACAGUCCCAGCCCCAGCCCCAUCCCCAUCCCCAGCCCCAGCCCCAGCCCCAGCCCCAGCCCCAGCCCCCAGCACAGGUACAGCGGAAGCCUGAGCCAGAAAAAAUCCCUGGAACAACACAGCCUGGGCUCCAGCAAGGGCCUGGUGUCCGGCAGGCUGAAGUGCCCAGAAGUCCUGUGGUACCAGGGCAGCGGGAAGCCCAGAGCCAAAGCCAGGCCAGACCCGCUGUGCCUCAGGAUUCAGGGAGGGUUUCCCCUCAUACCCAUCCCUCUCCAGCCAAGGGAGCAACUCCAACCCCUGGGUCUGGGGCUCAAGAGCAAGCCCAAGAGGGACUCACUGGGAAGCUUUUUGGCUUUGGCGCUUCUCUGCUGACCCAGGCCAGUACACUUAUGUCUGUCCAGCCAGAGGCCGGUCCACAAGGCCAGCCAUCUCCUAGCAAAGGGCCCCCCAAGAUUGUCUUCAGUGAUGCCAGUAAGGAAGCAGGGCCCAAGCCAUCAGGAACAGGACCUGCAUCUGCACCUGGAACUGGGGCUGGACGGGGACCUGGGCCAGCACCUGGAACUGGGGCUGGACGGGGACCUGGGUCAGCACCUGGGGCUGGCGCUGGUCCUGGCCCCGGGGCUGGGCCAGGAUCUGGAGUUGGGCCUGGUGCUGGCCCUAGAGCUGGGCCAAGAGCUGGCACUGGGCCUCGCCCCGGGGCUGGGACUGGACCUAAAGCUGGUCCUGGCCCUGGCCCUGUUUCUGGGCCAAAAUCCGAACCCGGGUCAGGACCUGGGGCUCUUGGUCGACCAGCAGGGGCAGCCAGUCCAAAGCAAAGUAAGGCAGAACAUCAGACUACUCCUAAGGCUGUCCCCAAGCCAAAGGAAGUGCCGAAGGAAAAGGUCACCUGCCCACUGUGCCAGGCCGAACUCAACGUGGGCUCCCGGGAGCCCUCCAAUUACAACACAUGUACCACCUGCAAGCUGCGGGUGUGCAACCUGUGUGGCUUCAACCCAACUCCUCAUUUAGUGGAGAAAAAUGAGUGGCUCUGUCUGAACUGCCAAACGCAGAGGCUGCUGGAAGGAAGCCUAGGUGACCCGGCCCCCGUGCCCCUGCCCACCCCCAAGCAGACACCCACAAGCUCGCCCCGACACCAAGCCAGUCCCUCCCCGCAGAAGCAGAAAGGGCCCCCGGCCCCAGGGCCAGGGCAGACCCCCCACACCUCGCCCAGCCUCCAGACCAAGCACCUCAGGACAUCCGAACCCAGCAAGCCCCCAGGCGGCCCCCAGGAGAAGAAGCCCAGCGGCCCAGCCGAAGCCAAACAAGUGCCGAAGCCAUCCCCUCUGCCAAGCACGCUCACCGAGUCUCCCAAGAUGAAGGAUGGGCCCAAACGGGCCGAACCGCCUCCGGCCGACAGCAAGGUGGCCUCCGUCGCAGAGGCCCCGAGAGGGAGUGAGCACGAGGACCCGAGCAAGCCUUAUUCCCAGGACCUGUCCCGCAGCCCCCAGAGCCUCAGCGACACCGGUUACUCGUCCGAUGGGAUCUCCAGCUCGCAGAGCGAGAUCACGGGCCUGGUGCAGCAGGAGGAGGAGCAGCUGAACACGGCCGGCGUGGGCAAGCCCGGCCCGCCCAGCCCCUCGGAACUCAACAAGCUCGAGAGCAGCAUGCGCCCCCUCCUGGAGGCCCCGGGCGGCGCCCCCGGGGAGCCGGCCAAGGCUCGCCCCCAGCAGCGGGAGGAGCCCAAGCAGAGGCAGAGGCCUCGCUCCCUCUCCAUCACCCCCGAGGCCUUUGACUCUGACGAGGAGCUGGAGGACAUCCUGGAGGAGGACGAGGAUUCCCUCGAGUGGGAGAAGCAGAGGGACGCCAGGGACACGGCCGAGUCGUCGGACGACUUCGGCAGCAAGCUACGCCACGACUACGUGGAGGACAGCAGCGAGGGCGGGCUCUCCCCGCUGCCCGCGCGCCCGGCGGGCGGGGACGCCGAGGGGGACGAGGACUUCAUGCGGAGGCAGAUCUUGGAGAUGAGCGCCGAGGAGGACAACCUGGAGGAGGACAACCUGGAGGAGGAGGAGGAGGGCGCCGACUACGAGCGGGCCGAGUUCGGUCUGAGGAAGGGCGGCGCCAAGGCCGGCCCCGAGCAGGGCCCCGAGGCCGCCGCCCCCAAGAGGCGGCUGCCUCACAACGCCACCACCUGCUACGAGGAGGAGCUGAAGGAGGCGGGCGCCCCCGAGCCCGAGGACGUGGCGGCCCUGCAGGGGGGCCUGCGCCGCUUCAAGACCAUCGAGCUCAACAGCACCAACAACUACAGCCGCGAGAUGGAGCUCAGCCAGGAGGCGGACAUCAGCUUGGACAGGGAGCCCGAGCUGGAGAUGGAGAGCUUGACGGGGUCGCCCGAGGACCGCUCCCGCGGAGAGUACUCCUCCACGCUGCCCGCCACCACGCCCAGCUACACCUCGGGCACCUCCCCCACGUCCCUGUCCUCCCUCGAAGAAGACAGCGACAGCAGCCCCAGCCGCCGGCAAAGGCUGGAGGAGGUCAAGCAGCAGCGGAAAGCCCGCCACCGCUCCCACGGCCCCCUGCUCCCCACCAUCGAGGACUCCUCCGAGGAAGAGGAGCUCCGAGAGGAAGAGGAGCUGCUGCGGGAGCAGGAGAAGAUGCGGGAGGUGGAGCAGCAGCGCAUCCGGAGCACGGCCCGCAAGACCAAGAGGGACAAAGAGGAGCUCAGGGCCCAGCGGAGGCGCGAGCGCUCCAAGACUCCCCCCAGCAACCUGUCCCCCAUCGAGGACGCCUCGCCCACCGAGGAGCUGCGCCAGGCGGCCGAGAUGGAGGAGCUGCACCGCUCCUCCUGCUCCGAGUACUCUCCGUCGCCCUCCCUCGACUCCGAGGCCGAGGGCUUCGAGAUGGGCCCCUCCAAGCUCUACAAGUCUGGCAGCGAAUACAACCUGCCCACCUUCAUGUCCCUCUACUCCCCCACCGAGAAGGCGGCCGGCGGCCCCAGCUACCCUUCCAGCAAGCCCUUGAAAAGCGCGGAGGAGGCCUACGAGGAGAUGAUGAGGAAGGCCGAGCUGCUGCAGAAGCAGCAGGGGCAGCAGGCGCCGCCCAGCGGCCGGGGGCAGGGCAGCUUUGAGUACCAGUACAUCGAGGACUACGAGUACGCGUCCGGGCAGUCCCAGCCCCGCUACGAGCCCGAGGCUGCCGACGCGGGAGCCGUCUAUGAGGAGAUCCUCCAGACGUCCCAGAGCAUAGCCAGGAUGCACCAGGCCUCUUCCCGGGACCUGGCUUACCAGGAGGAGAAGAAGGAGCGAGAGGACGCUUACCAGGAGAAGCAGUUUCUGAAUGCGGAGAGUGCUUACAGUGAGCUGAUGAGGCAGAACGGCGGCCCCCUCACUCCCGGCACCAGCCCCACCCAGCUUGCGGCCCCGCUGUCCUUCUCCUCCGACAGCGGGGGGAGCCGGCUUAUUCCCGACGUGCGAGUCACCCAGCAUUUUGCGAAAGAGCCUCAGGAUGCCCUCAAGCUUCUCAGCUCCCCUGCUUCUCCCAGCUCUGCUCUCAAGGGAGUGACAGCUCCUCUCACUUACAGCAAAGGGACCCCUUCGGUCACAACCGUGGCUUCUAGUACUGCGGGCAGACCCCGUGUUUACACAGCCGCUACGUCCCCCGCCGGCCAGGAGCCUUCACUCCCCACCACCGCAAGCUACGGCGCGCAGACUGACGAGAUGCUCCAGGCUCAGGUCCUCCCGGACACCUGUGGGCUGCCUUCUAGAGACAGGCUUCAGAGCGUGAGUGAUGGCAAGCCCAGUGCUCCUUUGUCAUCGAAAAGCUAUCCCGGCUUCAAGAGCGCAAGCCCACCCCUUUCCCCAACCUCUCCGAUGGAGGGUCUCCCCUCUGCCAUUGGCAGAAUGGGGCCCAAGUCCACCGCAGAGUUCUCCACCCAGACCCAUGGCCCACUUCUCCCCUCCGACGUCCCCAGGAGCCCCGUCGGCCCCGCCCCGUCCUCCAUGGUUGCUCAGGGUACGCAGACACCACACCGCUCCAGCUCCCCUCGCCUCACCAGGCAGCAGUCUUCUCAAGAAUCUCCUUUCAUGGUCAUCACUUUAGCCUCAGAUGCAGCCAGCCAAACUAAGCUGGUCAACGCCAGUUCUUCCACCUCACCAGCUUCAUCUCCAACCAGACAUCAACCUACCAUUCACAGCUACAGCCAGUCAGUACAGGUCAACGGAGCACAGCUCCUACAGGAACAGUCCCUGCACAGCUUCCCCAAGGGGGAAAGAACCCCCACUUCAAGUGCCAUUGUUCCCAUGAACGCUGCCAAGGGGCAGGUGACCCCAGCCAUGGACGGCACAGCCGCUCUGUACGGCUGGGGCUCCCUGCCUGCUGAGAACAUCUCCCUGUGCAGGAUCUCGUCAGUCCCCGGGACCUCCCGGGUGGAACCGGGACCCAAACCACCCACCAGUUCCGCGGUUGACUUGAGGACAGCUAUGAAGUCCACUCCAAUCAUCAUUACUGACCGAGGCAUGGACCUGACUUCCCUGGCCGCUGAGGCCAGGAAAUACUGUCUCACCUUAGACCAGUCUCCGGGCCGGCAGUCCACCACCGUGCAGCCCCUCAUCAUCAACCUCAAUGCCCAGGAGCACACCCACACCUUCAUCGGGACCUCCACCACUGUGAGCAUCACCGUGGCUUCCUCGAUGCUCGUGUCUCAGCCAAAGCAACCCGUGGUCUAUGGAGACCCUUUCCAGAACAGGCUGGACUUCGGACAGGGGACAGGAAGCCCCGUGUGUUUGACCCAGGUCAAACACGUGGAGCAAGCUGUGCAGACCGGUCCUUACCAAGGUGGGCCCCGUGCAAAGCCAAAAGAAGCUGGCAGUCCCCAGCAAACCAAGUUCGCCCGAUAUAACCUGCCCAACCAGAUGGCACCUUUAGUUAAAAAAGACAUUCUCAUCACUCAGAUGAGCCCAGCGCAGAACGUCAGCAUCAAGCCAUACCCUGCAGAGCCGAGUUCUGAUGCCUACCGGGGUGUGCCCGCAGAACUCAAAGCACACAGUGUGCCCCCGCAGCUCGGGGGGAAGAAACCUCACAUGAUGAUGGUACAGAUGGAUGAUAUGGCCACUGGGGCAGUGACCAAGCUGGUCAAAGAAGAGCCUGCCAGUGCUCUGGACCUCACUGGGAUCAAACCUGAGAGUCAAGUAGCUUGCUGUGAUGUGGUCUACAAAUUCCCCUUCAGCAGCAGCUGCACCGGGACUUUCCAUCCAUCCUCGAAGAUGCCCGAGAAAAAUGUAGCGGACACAGCCCAGCCCAGCCAGAGCACCCUUCCGUUUUAUGGGCCCCGUGAGCAGGACCUCCCUGAGCCAUCCCAAUACAGGGAGCAGGCCGUGGGUCCUAGGCUCUAUGAGGAGCAGAAAUUGUAUUCCCAUGGCCUCAUGGGAAGGCUUUACUCCUCCAUGUCUGACACCAACCUGGCUGAGGCCGGCCUGAAUUAUUACCCACACAAAAGCGACCAAUUCUUCCAGCCCGCGGGGGGAGACUCAGCGAUGGACCUCACCACCAUGAAGCACUCCUACAGCAUCGGCUUUGACAGCCGCUACCUGGCCCAGGGAAUGCAAUACGGCUCCUUCACAGACCUGAGACAGCCCCCAGACCUGAUGGGCCACCCACUCCCCAUGAGGAGGUAUAGCUCCGCCUCCAACAUCUACUCGGAUUACCGGUACUCGCCUCGGGCAGACCUGGCGGGCUUCCAAGAGUCCAACCUGGCUCAGUACAGCGCCACCACGGCUCGCGAGAUCAGCCGCAUGUGUGCAGCUCUCAACUCCAUGGACCAGUACGGGGGCCGGCACAGCAGCAGUCCGGAGCUCCUGCAGUACGGCUCCAGGCCUGGGCCCGGAGCCGGCGCCCAGCAGGGCCUGGCAGCCAUCAAACCCAACAUGAUGAUCAACCCAAACUUCCCCGAAGGCCGGCAGAGCUUUGGGAAGCUAGCCCAGUACAGUCCCGCAGCGGGGCAGGGAGCAGCGGCCAUCAGGCAGCUCUUCCCUUCAACAGCCACGGUUCGCGCCGCUGAUGGGAUGAUUUAUUCUACCAUCAACACACCAAUUGCGUCAACUCUUCCCAUCACCACCCAGCCGGCAUCAGUGCUUCGGCCUAUGGUUCGAGGCAUCUACAGACCGUAUGGCCCGGGUACCAUUACCCCUGUGCCUCUUGCCAGCCUGACCCGAGUCCCGGUGGUGGCCCCCCGGGUUCCUCUCAUGCCCCAGGGGCUGUAUCGAUAUCCACCCCCAAGCAGAUUUCCAGCCAUCACAACGGCCCCCGGGAUCGACGGUCCCUUGUACCUGGGCAAGGCAGGCCCGGCCACCACUGUGGCUGGGAGCAGCUUGACCCCUGGACCUGCUGGGAAGCCAGUGGCAGGGGCGGCCGCAGCGGCGGGAGGUCUGCAGAGAACUGAGCAGCCGCUGGGCAGCGCUAGGGAAGAGCCAGCAGCAGCAGCAGCCGCCGCCGCCGCCGCCGCCGCCGCCCCAGGGGGAUCCAAAGAGGCCGGCCCGGCACCGGCCCACCUGCCGGGUCAGAAGCAGCCGGGAGAAGCGCCCCCGGUGGCAGUCCUGGCCAAAGCCGGAGGCGCAGAGAAGGAAGAGAAAGAAGAGGAGAGGCAGAGGAAGCAGCAAGAGCACCUGCUGCAGAUGGAACGGGAGCGCGUGGAGCUGGAGAAGCUGCGCCAGCUGCGGCUCCACGAGGAGCUGGAGCGGGAGCGCGUGGAGCUGCAGCGGCACCGGGAGAAGGAGCAGAUGCUGGUCCAAAGGGAGAUCCAGGAGCUGCAGACCAUCAAGCACCAAGUCUUGCAGCAGCAACAGGAGGAACGCCAGGCCCAGUUUGCCUUGCAGAGGGAGCAGCUGGCCCAGCAGCGCCUGCAGCUGGAGCAGAUCCAGCAGCUGCAGCAGCAGCUGCAGCAGCAGCUGGAGGAGCAGAAGAGGCAGAAGACUCCCUUCCCUCCGGUGUGCGACCCCUCCGGGAGGCUGCCUCCCCAAGCCGUCACGGAGAUCGCCCUGGAAAUGCAGCGCACCAUGGCCCCGAAUGGCCAGUACUGGCCUCCCAUAAAUCAGGCUUUCAUGGCCACCGCCGCCAUGGGGAUGGAGGGGACUGGGCAGCAGCGAGAGCCGGGGCCCCCGAGGCCCCUCCCCAGCUCCGCCUCAGACAUGUCUCUGCAGACGGAGGAUCACUGGGAGGCCGGCAGGGGCCUCAAGAAGCGGCAUUCAAUGCCCCGGCUCCGCGAUGCUUACGAGAUGGAGGAGUCCCACGAGCCUUACGUGGUCAAGAAGAUCACGGACAGCAGCGUGCAGACAGAUGAGGAGGACGGGGAGGAGCGGUACUUUAUGUCCCGGAGGCGCCGGACUCGGCGGAGCACGGACUGCAGCGUGCAGACAGACGACGAGGACAAUGCCGACUGGGAGCAGCCUGUCCGCAGGCGCCGCACCCGCUUCUCGCGCCACGCAGACUCGGUUUCCGACAGCAAGCACGACUCCUCCUCGCCUAGGAGCAAGUCUAGUGUGGGCAUCCAGACCAUCAGUGACUGCUCGGUGCAGACAGAGCCCGAUCAGCUGCUGAGGGUCUCGCCCUCCAUUCACAUCACCACCCCGGACCCCAAAGUGGAAAUUAUCAAAUAUAUCUCAGCCCCAGAGAAGACUCAGAAGGGAGAGAGCCUGGCCUGCCAGACAGAGCCGGAGGCUCAGGCCCAGGGGAUUGUGGUGCCCCAACUCCCAGGACCAGCAGCUAUCACCCCCUACACCCCCAGCAUUCAGAUUGUCACGACUGGACCCCUGGAGCCCCGGCAGCAGGGCCUUGGGAAAUUUGAGAAGAAGAAGCCAGAUCCCUUAGAGAUUGGUUACCAGACUCAUCUGCCUACCGAGUCCCUUUCCCAGCUAGUGACACGUCAACCGCCCAAGUCUCCUCAGGUUCUCUACUCGCCUGUCUCUCCCUUGUCCCCACACCGACUCCUGGAAUCCUCCUUUGCUUCCAGUGAGAGAUUGAACAAGGCCCAUGUAACGCCACAGAAGCAUUUCACUGCCGACAGCGCCCAGCGCCAACAGACUGUGCCUCGCCCCAUGAAAACCAUGCAGAGGUCCCUGUCGGACCCCAAGCCCAUCAGCCCCACUGCCGAAGAGUCAGCCAAAGAGAGGUUCUCCCUCUAUCAGCAACAGGUCCUCCAGGGCAGUCAGAUGUCAGCAUUUCAGGCCAACACCCUCAUUCGAAAGGUGAAGCGGACGCUGCCCAGCCCCCCUCCGGAGGAGGCCCACAUGCCCCUCCCAAGCCAAGCGCAUUCCCAGAUGUACAUGGCCAGCCUCCUGCAGAAGGGCCUGGCAGGGCCCCCUGUCCAGGUGACCAAAGCCAGCCUGCUCAAGGAACUGGACCGCGACCUCAAGCUGGUAGAGCACGAGUCCACCAAGCUGAGGAAGAAGCAGGCCGAGCUGGAUGAGGAGGAGAAGGAGAUCGAUGCUAAGCUGAAGUACCUGGAGUUGGGGAUCACUCAGAGGAAGGGGUCCCUGAUGAAGGACCGCGUUGGCCGAGACUACCCCUAUCUCCGGUGCCUUGGGGAAAACCGUGACUACAUGUCGGAUAGCGAACUCAACAACUUGCGACUCACCGGCUACGAGAGCGGGGCCGUCCACGUGAGACCCAGCACAGCUCCAACCAAUCAGUAUCCUGACUUUUCAGCCGCUCAGUACACCUCGGCCUCCUCCUAUCCUCCUUACCAGUACCCGCCGGGACAGGGUCCUCCCCCCGCCCCCCCAGCCUUCCAGCACAGCCGCUUCCAACCUCCCCAGUACCCUGUGGGCAGUGCCGGCCCUCCUCCCAAUGCCUUCCAGCCCACCCAGGUACCUGCCUACCCGGCUCAGAGCACAUACCCAGCACCUGCUUUCCCUCCAAGUGCAGGCUACCCCCCUGAACAUGGUCUCCAGGGCCAGCAGAACUUCCAUCCUGCUCCCCACUACCAACCCCAGACCACUUACCCGGGCCAAAUUCCCCAUCCCGCCCCUCAAAACGCCCUCUUCCCAGAGCCAGCCGACAGUCAUGCCGCCCAUCAGAAGCCAAGGCAGACUUCACUCGCUGACUUGGAACAGAAGGUCCCUACAAACUAUGAAGUGAUCACCGCCCCCCCAACGGCAAUGUCUUCGGCCCCUUCGGAGCCCACGUACAGCGCGCCGGCAGUGACCAGCAGCUAUGACCAGUACAAGGCUCCAGAGCCCCCCCGGCCCAGUGACCGAAGCGGCGUGAGCCAGAGCCCAGGGCCCCCUUACUCUUCCGAAUCUCUGUACACCAACUUGGAGCAGAACAUUCCUCGGAACUACGUGAUGAUCGACGACAUCAGUGAGCUGACCAAAGACAGCGCACCCUCGGCCGGGGAGGGCCCGAAGCCAGAGCCACGGCCCCCGGGCGUGAACGGGCGCCACCUGAAGGACAAGAGUGACCUGGGGGAGCCCGAGGGCCCCGGGGUUCCCUGCUGCUAUUCCAAGGGGGAGGAAGAGUCUGAGGAGGAUGUAUAUGAUCACCAUGGAACUGACCACCGAGGGAAGAGCAGCUAUCACCGGAGCUCGGAGAGUGAGGGGAGGAUUUCGGGCAGCGCUGGGGGCUCCUCCUACUACUACGGGGACAGUGACUAUCGGCACUCGUCUCGGCCCGAGAAGCACGGCUCUGGCCUGGGAGGGCCCAAGCACUCCUCCAAGAGCCUGGCCCCGGCCGUCAUCUCAUCCAAGCGCAGCAAGCACCGCAAGCAGGGCAUGGAACAGAAGAUCUCCAAGUUCUCCCCAAUAGAAGAGGCCAAAGACGUGGAGUCCGACCUGGCCUCCUACCCGCCCGCACCCUCCGUCAGCAGCAGCAUGUCCUCCCGAGGGAAGAAGUUUCAAGACGAGAUCACCUACGGCCUUAAGAAGAAUGUGUACGAGCAGCAAAAAUACUACGGGGUGUCCAGCAGGGACCUGAUGGAGGACGAGGACCGAGCCUACGGUGGCAGGUCCAGGGCCGGCUACGGCAGCGACAAGGCCGGGCACGACAUGAGCACCCGGGCCAAGGCCUACGAGCGUGAGCGGGAUGGCAUGGAGAGGCUCCCCAAGGGCAGCUCCAAGCCGUCGUCCCUGAGCAUGUCCCAGAGCCGCGGGCGGCCCCCCAUGCGCAGCCAGGCCUCUGAGGAGGAGAGCCCCAUCAGUCCCCUGGGAAGGUCUGUGGGAGGGGGCCGCUCCUCGGGGGGGCCGCUCCCUCCCGGCGCCGGCGACGGCUGCUCCCCAUUCUGCUCCAGCCACUCCCUGCCCGACGUCCAGGAACACAUCAAGGAUGUGCCGCGGACGCACUCGUACAAGCAUGAGGAGGGCUACAACCUGGACGAUUCCCACUGUGUGGUUUCCGACAGCGAAGCUUAUCACUUGGGUCAGGAGGAGACAGACUGGUUUGAUAAACCCCGAGAAUCCCGUUCAGAGAGGCUCAGACAUCACGGGGGCCACUCCUCCUCUUCCCAGAAAAGGCCCCCUGUCAAACACACUUACCAUGACUAUGACGAGCCCCCCGAGGAGGACCUGUGGCCGCACGACGAAGGACCGCAGGGCCGCCAUUCUUCCAAAGAGCAUCGGCACCACGGCGACUACGGCCGGCACUCGGUGGGGCCUUCCUCCUCGCGCCACCAGGGUGAGGAGCCUUCUCGGAGGGGCUCGAAGCCACACCCCCGAGACUCGGGCCGCCAUGAGGGCAGACCGCACUCCCAGCCUUCUUCCCAGAAAAAGGCUCAGCAGGCCGACCUCAGGGGGCAGCCGUCCUACCCCAGCUCUCAGUCGGAAUACUCACAGCCAUCCCGCCAGUCAGUGGCCUACCACCAUCCCUCAGAGCCCAAAAAGGCUCAGCGGCCCAUGCAGUCCGGCCCCUUGGCCCAGCCGUCCAAGGCCGAGCCUCUGGCCCACCCGCAGCCUCAGCAGGCCAGGCAGCCUCAGGCAGGGCCUUCCCAGCAGCAGCUGCCCCCACAGUCCUCCCGGCAACAGCAGUCCCGCCAGGCCCCACCACAGCAGCAGCCCACGGGCCACGGGCCGCAACCAGCUCCAUCUCAGAUGCAGCAGACGCCGUCCCAAGCCCGGCAUCAGCAGCAGCAGCAGGGGAUCCCGGGACAGCCUUCCUCCCGGGGCCAACAGCCUCAGGCCAGUCAGCAGGCCGGCAAGUCAGGGCCGGGUCAUCCCGCAUCGGCAGGUGCCCAGCCUGCAGGCCCACUGAAAGCCGAGCAGCUGGACAGCUCCAAACCCCCAGCCAAAGUGCAGCAGCCGCAGCAGCAGCAGCAGCAGCCGGGAAGGGCCCAGCCACAAGGGGCUACUGCUGCAGGUGCAAAAGUGGGAGCAAAGCCUGGAGGAGUCCCACUAGCAUCAGGAGCUCCCACAGGCCAGCCCGGGGCUGAUGGAGAAAGUGUGUUCUCCAAAAUCCUCCCUGGAGGUGCAGCAGAACAAGCAGGCAAACUGACGGAAGCUGUGUCUGCUUUUGGAAAGAAAUUUUCUUCAUUCUGGUGAUCCUGUGCUGUGGGAUAUUUUGGAAGAUGAAUGGAGAUAAAGUCAUUCCUGUGGAAAAACCUAUGAAGAAACUAAUGGAUUUCACCACAGCCUAGGACUCUGCGUAUAACACAUCUGAACUCAUGGCAAACCCUAGGCUCAGUGACACAAACAGGACACAGUGGAUACUUUUCCAGCUGGAGCCACCAGAGUGAGGCAUCUGCCCAGAAGCCCCACCAAGCAGUAUCUCCCUCAGAACUGCUCUCCAAAGACAAUGUCUAUAGUGACUCCUCGUUCCCUCUGGUGAGCAGUGGCUACAACAAGCCGCAGUCAUUCUUGGGGAGACUUUUCUUGAGGAAAACUUGCCAAAGGUCCUGGUUGGGACUGUCCAGAAGUUUGGGGUUGCCACUUUGCCCUUGGAGAAGACUCUUGAACCUCCAAAGGCAGUGCCCCUGCCCAGCGCUCCCCCUUGCCAAGUGGAGCUUUGAGCAGGGCCCAGGGGCCUUUCCUUCAGGGUUAUACACAGAGUUCCAGCUCAUGCCGACUGGGACUUCUUCACUCCGGGGCCUUCAAAGGUUUUUCCACAGCCUUGGAGAUGGGCUUUGAGUUGAGGGCUGGGAGCCAAGUGCUCCAUUUCCUUCACAUUCCAGUUGGCCCCACAGCUCCCUCUGCAGGCACCCUGUCCUUGGUGAUGGAAUGUGUGCAGCGAGGGACCUGUGGGAUAUAGAGAACUUAAAAAACAAAACAAAAAAAAAAAAACACUAGGACCUAACACUGUUUCAUUAUUGAAAUACGAGGCCAUAGGACUCUGCAAGGCAGCAUGUGCACUGGCUGGCUUUUCCCCAGACAGAUGGUGGCAGUCCAAGCGUGUCUGCCAGCCACCUUGAAGCCAUCACCAAGCCAUUGUGAGACAUCCAAGUGGCAAAGCUUUCAUAACAACCAUCUCCUUAUUUUGCCUAUGCCUGAAGAUUUCUUUUUAUUUCAAAAGCAGCCUUAACCAUUCCAAUUUUAUUUACUUGUAUACCUCAUAAGCAUUUUUCUUUCAUUUUUCUUUCCUCCUCUUCCCUAUCUCCCCAACACACUUUUCUUUUUUUAACUUCUUUUCUCUGUACCUGGUAAUCAUGGGGUGUCCUCUGUAGAAGCAAUAGAGUGCAGUAGGCUACAAGAGCCCCACGAGGAGGUGGGAUGACAUCAGGAGAGGUCGCCUCUGCCAUUCUCCUUCCUCUUACUGUGCAAUUCAAGUCCUUCUUAAGCCAUUACCGGUGGGCGUGCUCAGAAAUUUAAAAACAAAAAAUCAAAAUCAAAACAAAACAAAAAAAGGAAGCCCAUGUGGUUUGAGUUGCCAUUGCGAAGUUCCUAGAACCUCUGACUUGGGAAGCGAGAGGGAGCCACGGUCAGCAACCGGUGAGCCCAGGGUGGGGGUGUCCUGGUUGUCACCAGCCGCUCUCGCCUCAGCAGUGUUCCAGACAACCUACCCGACGGUCCCAUACAUUGGAGCUUCCCUUCAACCUGAGCAACAGCAACAAGUCUCAUUUCUAACGUUCUAUGCAAUGAAAUACAAAAAACAAAAAAAAAAACAAAAAAAAAUUUAAAAAAACAGAACACACUACACCUGUUAAUAUUUAACAAACUAAAUGUUAUGUAUAAGAAUUUAAUUGCAAAUGUGCUAUGGAGAAACUGGAUGGAUAUGUUUCUAGCUAACACCUGUGUGUGUGAAGUUUUCAAUUUGUGGCAUGUUCGACCCACAUGAAGGACGCGUCGUUGCCAAAGGGUGACCAUGCUGCUGUUACUGUCUCCUGUCCUAGAGUAGAGCAUGGCUUGCUACCUCUUUGCACGAAUUCAUCUACUUUAAAUGCUUGCCGUACUUUGCUCGGGGUUCUUUUUGCCUCAGUCCCUCGCCUAUACUCAGAUGCUUCUUGUUGACAUAUGCACUUGUUAUGGAAGGACUGUCCGUGCUAACGGGAGAGGUGCCUCUAGUCCGGAGAAAGAGAGAGAGGUCCUGCGCCCUCCCUCCCAGGCUGACCUGCGCCCCUUCCCACAGACCACAUGUCUCAGCGUGGAGAGGGGCCCCCCAAUCUUCCUUCCAGAUCAGAGGAGUUACAAUGGGAAAAGGCCUUUGAGAAGAAUCUGACCUGACCCUUCCUUUCCCCUUUUAAAAUAAGAUGUGUCGGCUAAGGGCCAGAGAGAGUAGGGAGUAACCUGCCCAAAGUCACCCAGGAAGUAAAUAGUAACGGUAGGCUAUGAGUCCUCAGAUUCCAUAGUCACUACCAGUCUUCCCAAAGACCCCUGCUAUCACCCCUCCACACACGGACUGUACACCCCAGUGUCUGUAGCAGAGCCUUGAAAUGGAGGAGACUUUUAAAAAUUUUCAGAAGCGAGUUUAAGCAGUCCCAGAUGUCUACUGUAGAUUCUCUGUCUUUAAAUUAGAUUACCUUACCUCUCUUGGCCUGAAGUACUGCGUCCAGGGCUUAGAAAACUAUUCUGUUCAGGGUCAACUGGAGCCUUCAGCCUCUGUGAAACUCAAAGCCCAAUACAGGUACGUUGGCCCGGGGCUUUGGGGAGGCCUGGAAGCCCAUUUUUCAAAAGAUGCAUUGGAUACCCAUAGGCUCUGGAUUAGAAGUUAAAAGGUUGUUUUAUUGCUUGUUUGUUAUACUUUGGUUUUACCUGUGCUGCUCAGUCCUGAUUAAAGCGGGCCAUUCCUGAAAGGGGAUGGAGCAGCUAAGAAGCUCAAGUGAGUACAAAAUCAAAGAUUGAUGUUUUUUACCUAGAGGAAGGGCUAGAACUCAGGAAUCAGAGCACCAGCCCUGAAGUGAGGAGGACCUGAGUUCAAAUCUUGCCUCAGACACUUAACACUUCCUAGCUGUGUGACCCUGGGCAAGCCACUUAACCCCAAUUUCCUCAGGGAAAAAAAAAGAAUUGGAGGCUUCCUUUCUUAGCUUUGAUCAAAGAGAGAUUUUCUAGGAACCUUAAAGAUAAAAAAAACAAACAAAAAAAAAAACUUUCAAAGA